CGAAAGCUGAUCAAAGCAGAGGUAUGGAUGAGGAUGUGGAAUCCACGAACACGAGGGCCGAGAGUCCUUUGAGCCAGCUGACGGGGUUGGGGAUGAGCUGUCUCCUCAGUCAGAAGUAUCGCCAUUGUGGGCCAGGCCUUGCCAGUCCUCAGGAGUACAACCAGUGGCUACCAUGCCGCCAUGAUGCCAGUCUCCUGCCGAUGAAAGAAGACUUGGCUCUUUGGCUCAACAACAUCAUGGGUGUGGACGUCACCGCUGACAACUUAAUGGACAGACUGGACAAUGGUGUCAUUCUUUGUCAACUGGCACAGUUUCUCCAAGACAAAAUGAGCCACAACAGUAAUGGAAAGCCCGUCAUCAAAAGAGUGAUUCAUUGGCGGGCUGAUGCUACUUCAGGAUCAUUUUUUGCCAGAGACAACACCGCUAACUUCCUCUACUGGUGCCGCAAGAUUGGCAUUGACAGGGCCCACCUUUUUGAAUCUGAGGAUUUGGUCCUCCAUAAGCAACCAUGGGAGGUGUGCCUAUGUCUGAUGGCGCUGGGACGCAUGGCAAGCAGGUAUGGAGUUGAGCCUCCAGGCCUUGUGAAGUUGGAGAGAGAGAUAGAAAGGGAGGAAGGAGGGAGUACCUCUCCAUUGUCCCCGCUACCCUUCUCCUUUUUUCCGGCCCCAGAGCUUUGCUCACGCUCACAUUCAAGCAACCCUCCGAGCCCGCCCCCUCCUUCUCCGCCGGUGUCCCUCACUCCAAGCUCCAUCUGCCUCUCGGAAGCCCACAUCACGCCCCUCGCGUCUGAUCUUCCAUCAGCCGCUGCAGAGCCUGUGCCCACAUGUUUAUCCCCCCUGCAGUCCUUCCUCCCAGCUCCAAACCUCAGCACAACCACAGCUUCAACACAAACCUCUUUGUGCUCUCCUGACACAUCUGCAACCUCACAAGGCCAAACGCAGGUGGGCAUUGCUGCAAGAUCCCCCACACCCUCCCGAGCACCAAACUCCAGCAGAAAAAGCACCGACACCAGUAACAUUUUGGAUGAUGGGGUGAGGAUUAUUAUUGAGAAUCCGCCCUGCAGCUGUCCAAACAGGUUCCCUGUUGAAAAGCAGCCAAGAAGCUGUUAUCGUGUGGGGGAAAAACUUCUUUAUAUACGGAUGCUGAAUGAGCGUCACGUGAUGGUGCGUGUGGGUGGAGGCUGGGAGACUUUUGUAAGCUACCUACAGAAACACGACCCCUGCAGAGGAGGACCGAUGGGCAGAUCUGUGAUCAGGGGCUGUCGGGGCAGAGUUAAGCCACUCAAUUUGAGCAUGUCACCUGACAGCUACAUGGUGGUCAAUGCCCAUGGAAAGAAAUAGAUUGUUCGACUGCUCGUUUGUAUUUUUUUGGUACGCACUUAAUAUUCCAACCAAAUUGUACAAGUAUAGUCAAGUAAAACAUUUAUUUCAAACAGGAAUGUGUCCCAUUCAACAGUGGUGUAACAAACUACAUAUUUUGUAUAGAUUAGCUGCAAAUGUCUUACAUUACUUGGAUUGAUUUAGUGAGGUUACAUUCACAGAUUGCAUGUACAAUAGUUUGAUUUUGUGUUUUAUUUAUAUAUGUUAUUUGAAUACCCACGAUUCACAGUCUGAAACUAAUUAUAUGCUUUACUUCAUCAAAUCUGUUGACUUUUUGAGUGCUGGAGUGUCGUGGAAGGAAGUUAUGCACAUUAAUGCUGCAGGAUGACAACUGGUGCUGGUGACAACUGGACAUUUGAAUUUUAUAAGAAUAAAUGUAUGAUCAUGUUAUAUAGAAGAAUUUGAAUCUUUUUCUUGGACUUCAUGAGCAGUCAUGCUAAAAAUCCCAAAACACGUCAGUUUCCCUCUAGGUGGCACUAUGUGCUCAGUGAAAAAAAUACCAUCGCAAUGUUCUGGAAGAAACUGCAAUCCUAAAUACACGACAUCAUCGUCACGCAUUACACAAGACUUAAAGUCAUUUUGAAGCAAACUAAACAAUGGAAACCAGAAAUCUAGUAAUUACAUCUUUUAUUUCGGUAAAAUAAAUAAAAUGGACAGUUUAAUACUGAAAUGUACUGUAAUGAAUUCAUGCAUGUCAGUUAUGUCUUCUCAGUCACCACAAAGCACCUGCAGUGUGAAUUGAACUGGUACAAAUGUAAAAAAAAACAAAAAUAAUAACUAUGCUACUGAAAUGGCAGCUUUUCCGCUGAACACAGGAAAUUGAAAAUUGAGAGUAUGUGCAUUUGAUUCCGAAUAAUAACACUGCUGAAAUGAACAGCGGACUCAGCAUUCUUAUAGUUAUUUUGUCUUGAAACUAAGUGAUAACGUAAAAAAUUCCCGUCUGUGCUGUCAAUUUAUAUUUAUCAAAUGCAACAAUCUGAGAUAGGGGACACAAAUUUGUGCUUAAUCUUCAUGUAAUAUGUGAUAUUACAUGUAAUAACAUGUAAUAAGUUGUAGCACAUCAGAUAGAAAAAAAAAAGUGGGUCAGACUAUUACCACAAGAGUACACAAAAAUACAUGUGUGUAAUAUUGCUUCCAU